AUGAGCACCACCGGAGGCACUUUCUCCACGAACAACCGGCCCCUCUCUGAUUGCACUAUUUCUAGGAAAACUAUCAGAGUCCAUGGACCCCAGGCAGGUGGCCUAGCCCUCCUGGCAGCGCAGGCCACGGCAGAGUGGCGCCCGAACAGGGACCUGAGUACGGGAAGCGAAAAACGGACAAGUAGAGGACCGUCCUCUGCUACCAAGUGGAGUGGCGUGGCACCUGCCACAAACAGGCCAGAAACCUCCGGCCCCCAGAACUCGGAUACGGAUGAUGAGUCUUCCCCUUCCGCUGACCUCCUGGUGGCCUUUGCUAAGCUUUCUUGCGGAGCACCGCCAGCCGGGGGCCCCCUCCUGCCCCGAGAUGCCGCCCCAGAUCCUGAACAAAGACGCCCCCUUGCGCUCUCUGCUUUACAAAGGGGUGUUCUCCAGGCCCAGGAAAAGGGGGAAGACACUUCCGGCUUUCAAUUGUACCCUGUAACAGAACGCAUAGUCAACGGACAACCAGUUAGAGAAUAUGUUUACAAACUGCUGCCCUUGCACCCAAUGAUUGGAAGACUAUGGCUGGCUAAGGCUUGCCUUAGUGCAGGGGAUUAUCUGUUAUGGAAGAGUGAAUGGACUGACUUGUGCGAACAAGGAGCACGGAGAAAUCAGGCUCAUCAAGUGCCUAUUACCUAUGACAUGCUGGUAGGAGAAGGGCAACUCAGCCCCCGGGACCACCAGCUGGGUUAUCCCCUGCAAGCAUAUCAACAAAUUAACAUAGCGGAACUAAAGCCUGGCGCAGCCUGUCCACCUCGGGCUGUCUCUCGAGUAAUUUCAGAUGCCCAGGCUGGGCAAAUCCUUACUAAACAACUUGCCUAUGAAAAUGCUAAUAGCGCCUGUCAGGCGGUACUGAGACCCUACCGAAAAAGGGCACUAUAUCAGAUUUUAUUCGGCUAUGCUCAGGGUAGUACGGGUUUGCAUCUUUGGUGGGGAGGGUCCGAGGCCCACACCCAGAAACCUAGCAGAGUAAAGUUGUGUCUUGAUUGUGGAGGCGACGACUUCUCCGGUUCCUCGGCGACGGCGGUGUCCGGGAGUGGUGUGGCCCAGAAAACCGGGGAAUUGGCCAACAACAUGCAAGAAGCCCAGAGUCUCGAUGAAAUCUAUAAAUACGGCAAGAAACAGCAGCAAGAAAUCCUGGCGGCGAAGCCCUGGACUAAGGACCACCAUUACUUUAAGUACUGCAAAUUCUCAGCGUUGGCCCUCCUGAAAACGGUGAUGCAUGCCAGAUCAGGAGGCAACCUGGAAGUGACGGGCUUGAUGCUGGGAAAGGUGGACGGUGAAACCAUGAUCAUUAUGGACAGUUUUGCUUUGCCUGUAGAGGGCACUGAAACCCGAGUAAAUGCUCAGGCUGCUGCCUAUGAGUAUAUGGCCGCAUAUAUAGAAAAUGGCAAGCAGGUUGGCCGUCUUGAAAAUGCAAUUGGCUGGUACCAUAGCUACCCUGGCUAUGGCUGCUGGCUUUCUGGGAUCGAUGUUAGUAUUCAGAUGCUCAACCAGCAGUUCCAGGAACCAUUCGUAGCCGUGGUGAUUGACCCAACAAGAACAAUAUCUGCAGGGAAAGUGAAAAUUGGAGCCUUCAGGACAUACCCAAAGGGCUACAAACCUCCUGAUGAAGGACCUUCUGAGUACCAGACUAUCCCACUUAAUAAAAUAGAAGACUUUGGUGUACACUGCAAACAAUAUUAUGCCUUAGAAGUCUCAUAUUUCAAAUCCUCUGUGGAUCGCAAAUUGCCUGAACUUUUGUGGAAUAAAUACUGGGUGAAUACACUGAGUUCCUCUAGUUUGCUUACUAACGCAGACUAUACCACUGGUCAGGUCUUUGAUAUGUCUGAAAAAUUAGAACAGUCAGAAGCCCAGCUGGGACGAGGGAGUUUUAUGUUGGGUUUAGAGACACACGACCGAAAGUCAGAAGACAAACUUGCCAAAGCUACGCGAGACAGCUGUAAAACUACCAUAGAAUCUAUCCAUGGAUUGAUGUCUCAGGUUAUUAAGGAUAAACUGUUUAAUCAAAUUAACAUCUCCUAAACCAUCACUAAGUAGUACUUUUGCCUUCAAGCCAGUAUGUGAAAAAUACUUGAGUAACACAUUAAAACCAGGUACCAAAAAUCUGUUAGAAGUAUAAGGUGCUCUGAAGUGUCCUGAACAUUAAC